AUGAAGGUCUUCGUAACAGGUGGAAGUGGCUUCAUCGGAACCAUAGUGGUGAAGGAUUUGAUCUCCAAUGGCCACGAGGUUGUCGCAUUGGCUCGCUCAGAGAGCUCGAAGAAGAAGUUGGAAGCGCUCGGUGUCGGGGAGGUCGCCGUGGGCGACCUCCAGGACCUGGACGUGCUGGCCAAGUACGCCAGAGAAAGCGACGGUGUUGUUCAUUUGGCAUUCGAAUCCACCAUGGAGAAGUUCUUCCAGUCAAUUGAAGAUGACCUUGCCGCAACAAUGGCCAUGGUACAGGCAUUGGAGGGAAGUGGGAAGCCAUUCAUCAGUACCUCUGGUGGGCUGACAGGUGCGACUGCUCUCGGCUCUGAAUGGCCUGAUGAGGACUCUCCAAUUGUUGUCCACGAUACCCCAUUCGGAUUGCGUACUCGUAACGAGGUUGAAGCAAUGAAGUACACGAAGAAGGGUGUUAAGGUUAUGACCGUUAUAUUGGCUCCAAUUGUUCAUGAUGUCGGUGAUACGCAUGCUUUUGUGCCAAUUCUUGCUGGCAUGUCGAAGCAACUGGGAAGCGUCAACUAUAUAGACCAAGGUGAAAACUUGUGGACUGCAGUGCACCGUCUUGAUGCUGCUCCGUUGUACCGUUUGGCCUUGGAGAAGGGCAAGGCUGGGCAGAGAUUCAACGCUAUUGGCGAGGUGAUCAAGUUCAAGGCCAUCGCAGAGACCGUUGCUGCGAAGCUGGACUUGCCUACUCGAAGUGUUUCCCUCGAGGCUGCUCUUGAGAUCAGUCCAAUGGGCUUCAUCUUUGGCCUGAACGCUCCUGCUCAUAACGAGCUCACGAAGAAGAGACUGGGAUGGGAGCCAAAGCAUAUCAAGGUCAUUGAAGACAUUGAAAAGAACUACUCUUUUGACUGA